AAACGUUGCCUCAGAACCUUAAUUAGCCUUCGGAAAUAAAAUCUGCAUUCUCCUCACCCAACAAUUUUUUCAUAGUAUUGACACGCCUUCAUUGUGAGGGCAUCACUAGCAACCAUCCCAAAAGAUCCCGCCAUCCUGUCAAAAACAAGAUGGUGCCUCUAUUGCCUGUGGUCACACUCAGUUAACUUGGCUAUCUAGUGACACAAUUCCCUCGUAAACCCACAGUGUCCUGACUUUCACACAACUGCUGUGCCUUAACUUCACCUCAUUUGGACACCGUGCAUGAAGUGCCCUUCUAAUACUUCCCCAACAGCAACCUGGCUUCAAACACACCCCAGCGUUUUAAAAUUAUGUCAUGUUUCUGUAGUAAUUCCAUGGCAUAAGUCCCUCUCAGUCAUGUCAAGAUUAUAGCAGCAUAAUCUCCUCCAAGUGUCUAUUUCAUAUUUCUCCAGAAGCAAAUGUUGGUCAUUUGGGUGGUCCAGGUGACAGUAACCAGAGCAGGCCUUCGCAUGAAGCGGUUGCAUCAAAUUCCAGAGGGAUUGCCAUGUUCCCACCUCUAAUCUCCAUCUCUGUGGCCACAAUCCAAAAUAUACUUACUUGAAAGUGAAUCCCCUAGAAAAAAGGUUCCCACACCAUGGGAGACAAUGAAGAUCCUGAUGCUGCAGCUGCACCAAACAUGCAGUGCUCCCCCUCAGACUCCACCACAGACGACAGCAGCACCCAAGAUGAUUAUGCGCUCCCCGCCAUCGUACGCUCUCCAACCUGUGCCCGCUGCCGCAAUCAUGGCAUCCGGGUCCCACUGAAAGGCCACAAGAACACUUGCCAGUUCCAGGGGUGCCAGUGUGAAAAAUGUAUCCUGAUCCUGCAGAGACGCCGGGUCAUGGCUGCCCAGGUGGCCUUGCGCAGGCAGCAGGAGAUGGAGCUGAGGAAGCUGACCAGUGGUUUGCUGCAACUUCAGGACAGCCCCACAUCAAGCUCUCUCCACCCGGCCAAACUGCCAAAAGGGAUCAAACCAUGCAGGGGAGACAUAGGCAGGAAAGAGAAUGAAGAACCCUUGAAAGAUUCAGAGGAUGGACUCAGAGAGGUUCCUGGACUCCUACGAAGACAAAGGCGGAGAGCAGCCAGGAAGGAAUGUUCUUGGUUGCCUCUCCCUCACUGCUCUAAAGUGACAGAACUGCCGUGGGCCCUUAGAGGACAUCAACCACCUCAUACUGCUUGGUUCCCCCCUCCGCUUCCUAUGCCCCCUGCACCCUUCUGCCCAUUCUUGCCUCAGGAACAUUCUUUUCAAUUUCAAGGUAUGUUAGGUUGUGAUGGUAAUGAAGCAUUGUACAUGCCAGAUAGUUACAUGACAACUCCAGGACAGAUGUUUCACCAGACCCCUGGCACAUCCUGGUGCUUACCUUCACCUGCCAAUCUGCCCAGCCGCAUGGCCCUGAAUCCCCUGAGUGGCAACAUGGAUUUCAGCAGACGUCCAAAGGCUGCACCUUUGGGAGGUCAGCCAACCUCUUCUGCUCAUGUUUCGGUCUGGCCCACCAGGGGGUUUAUCUUCUCCCCCCUUUCUGAACAACAGCUGCAGAAAGAGGCUGCUGAAGCCCUGAUGGUGCUGAGAAAUGCUCCCCAGCCAGGUCCCAUUUUGGCCACUUCCAGUCUUCUGCCCCCUACCAGCUCUGCACCUGCUCUGCUGGCCUCAUCAGCUUUCACACGCCCCUCAGCAACAUUUCACAAUCCUGGGGUGGCCAGUCCCUUCCAGCAGCAUCCCUCAUACUACAUGCCUCCAUGUGACAUUCAGCCUGUAAAGGCUUCCAAGGACAUAGCUUUGAAAGGAACCCAGCUGUCACCAGAGUCAGUUAGUGCUCAUGGAGAACAGGCCCCAGGGCCUCUUUUCCUUCCUUUACUCCAUGGAAGUGCUCUUCCCCAGCAGUACAAAAAUGUCCAUCUCUUCUCAAUUGCUCCACCCCGGGCACCCCAAGUGGCUACUUCUGUAAUGGUUUCCAGCAUCCAAGCUGUCAAACCCAGCCUCAGAGGGACUUCCAGUGUCAGCCACCACCAUUUUGCCCCAAAUGUGGCAACCUACCACACAGCCUCAGGCUCCAUGCCACAUACCAUCUGCAUGCCACAAACUGUGGACAGUGGUUGGAUUUCAGAGACAAAUGUUGAAGUCCUUGCUCCAUCCAGCUCCACUCACAAUGGCCCUCAAAUUCUGCCCUUCUGUGUCCCACCAAUGGAUGUGUCUGUCACUUCAGUGCCCCUACAAACUGGCAUCCCAUGCACUCCAUUUGGGAUGGAACUGCACAUGCUUCCCAGGCUGUCACUGUUGAAUCCUACCCCCUACAUUAUAGCUCAGGAAGGUUUCCCAGAGCCAGUUUCCCCCCCAGGGCAGGAAGCACAACAAUCCCAUCAGCAGCAGAGCCAAGAAGGAAAGCAUUCCAGCAAGAGACAGGAAGGAGAAGAACAUGGCAGAAGCCACAGUGCGCCAGGGAGCAAGGAUCCAGAAGGUUCUACAGAAGCAGCGCCUGACUUCCUCGCAUCUAAGCAAGCAUGCAGCCAGUCUGUUCAGCAAGCCUCACCAAGCCAACAACAGCCGAGCCACCUCCACCAGGCCAACACCUCCCCCUCUGUUUCCCUAAGCAUUGGCCAGAUGGGCUCCAUCUCGCUCCCCACCUAGGCUUCUGACAGUGGGAGGGUGCGUGCAUAUAUAAUACUUUGUGAAAAGAAGGGCUUCAGUUGGGUAAAGCCCUUCUCUCCUGAUCUUUUAACAGGGCAUGGUCUGGGGCACAGCCUCUGCAUUUCUUUCCUUCAGAUCCCCAGCUGAGUUAUUGCAACCACUUUAUUGUGGCAAGACAAAGUCAGCAUCACUUAACACAUUCAAUUCAUUUUUAACUAGUUCAGUGCCAGGCAACAGGCAGAGUUUUUGAAAGGGUUUUGAGAAACUGUUAGAUUUUUAAAUAGCAAGUUGGAGUAGCUUUCUAACAAAUAGUGUAAGCAGUUAAUGUUCCUUCUUGAAGAAACGGGAUAUUGUAAUGGAUUUCUACCAUUUAAAAAUAAAUCACAC